AUGGAGCCCUCGGGGCUGGAGCAGGAGGGCCAGGGCCAGACCCACCCGCACCACGAGCCCAUCAGCUUCGGCAUCGACCAGAUCCUGAGCAGCCCGGAGCAGGGCAGCUGCUUGGGGCCGGUCCGCCCGGCUGGGGAGCCGGACUACGCGCUCUACGGGAGCGGCUGCAGCGGCGCGUACAACCCCGCCUGCUCGCUGGGCUCCUACAGCCUCAGCCGGAGCAUGAACUUGGCCCCGCGGGCCGCGCCGGGGGGCCCCGCGGGAGGGGUGAUCCGGGUGCCGGCGCACAGACCUCUGCCCCCAGCGCCCGGGGCGCCCGCCGGUCCCCCGCAGCCGGGGGUCCCCGGCCUCCCCAGCCUCACCUUCCCCUGGAUGGAGAGCAGCAGGCGGCUCGCCAAAGACCGGCUUUCAGCUGCUCUGUCCCCGUUCGCGGUGACGCGGCGCAUCGGGCACCCCUACCAGAACCGCACCCCCCCCAAGAGGAAGAAGCCGCGCACGUCCUUCAGCCGAGUGCAGAUCUGUGAGCUGGAGAAGCGCUUCCACCGGCAGAAAUACCUGGCCUCAGCCGAGCGGGCCACCCUGGCCAAGGCCCUCAAGAUGACGGACGCCCAGGUGAAGACCUGGUUCCAGAACCGCCGCACCAAAUGGAGGAGGCAGACGGCGGAGGAGCGCGAGGCUGAGCGCCAGCAGGCCAACCGGCUGAUGUUGCACCUGCAGCAGGAGGCCUUCCAGAAGAGCCUGAGCCAGCCGCUGCCGCAGGACCCGCUCUGCAUGCACAACUCCUCCCUCUGCGCCCUGCAGAACCUGCAGCCCUGGGCUGAGGACAAGAAGGUCACGUCUGUCUCAGGGGUGGCAUCAGUGGUGUGAGGCCUCCAUGCUGCCCCCUAGAGCAGGGGGGAAAGACCUGUCUGCAAAUCCCCAUGGAGGCUGCGGAGGUGGUCGGGGCUGAGGCCGGACCCUCCAUGCCUGCAGCAGAUGCAGACCCCUGGGGCAUGGGCUGCUGCCCCCAGGGACCAUGAUGCCAGUGCACUCCCUGCUGUGUGCCUGCCCUGGCUGGGGUCUGCCCUGCUGUCACGGAGUCCCCGGGUGAUGCUCUGGAACUGCUCCCCAUGAAGCCAGGCAGGACUCUGGGGAAGUCUCCUCUCUGGGAGCAGCCUGUCUGCAGGACACACAGCUUACCCAGCUCCCCCCUUUCUGAGUCUGACCUCGGAGCAUUCAGCAUCCUCUGCCCCACUGUGCACUUCCCACAAUGAGUCCGUCCAGGUGGGGUCCUGGGGAAGCCAGAGGGUCCUGCCCCCCAACUCCGCAGUCAGACGUGACUCUCAGCCAGCCAGUAAAAUAGGUUUAUUAGACGACAGGAACAUGGUCUAACACAGAGCU